AUGCAAAAAGAAAAUAUCAAAAGUAAGCUAAGGCAUUGCUUCAGAAUAAAAGAUCUUGGUGAGGUUUAUCAUAUACUUGGAGCAACCAUCACAAGAGACCGUAAGAAUGGAAUAAUUAGCUUGGACCAAUCAACUUAUAUCAAGAACAUGAUAACAAGCUUCAAUAUGCAAGAGGGUAACGAAACGAAAACUGCUUUCUCCACUGAUCAAGUUUUAACUAUGAAUACGGUUUUAACUAUGAUCCUCAAAGUGAGAAAAAAGUUGGAUGAAUUCCCUAUAGAGGCUGUAGUAAGCCUAAUCUAUGCUUCACAAAGAACUCGAUCUGAGGUAGCAUACAUAGUCGGAACUGUUAGCCGAUAUGCAAACAAUCCUGGUAAUCCCAUUGGAGCGCAGUCAAAAGACAAUCCAAUGCCUUAA